AUGGGUGCAGGGGAGGUGAGGAGUAUGGUGCUCACCUCGAGUGGCGGCGGAGAGUGGCGGCGGCGACGGUGGAGCAAACCGAGCCCGCACCAACUAGGGCUCGGACUCCACGGUAAUGGCAGCCACAGCGGCGGUCGGGGAGCUCAGGGACGACGGCGACCGGCGGGACAGGUCGCCGGGGCUCCGGGGGAGGCAGCGCGGCCGACUCAAGGCGGCGGCGACCCGCGGGGAGAGGCUGCACACAGGCUUCGGCUUGGCUCGGGCUGGAGGGCUGGAGGAUGCACGCAGCAGGAGCGGCGGCGNGCCGGGGAGCUCAGGUACGGCGGCGACCGGCGGGACGGGUCGCCGGGGCUCCGGGGGAGGCGGCGUGGCCGACUCAAGGCGGCAGUGACGUGCGGGGAGAGGCUGCACACAGGCUUCGGCUCGGCUCGGGCUGGAAGGCUGCAGGCGGCAGUAGCGGCAACGGCGGCGCUCUGGGCGGCUCGGGGCAACGGCGGCCGGAGGCCUAACGUUGGGGAGGUGCCACCGGAAUGGCCCAAGGCGGCAGCAGUGCGAGGAGAGGGAGUUGGGGCUGCCUCGGCCUGGGUUAGGCCCAGGCUGGCAGCAAAAUGCUGGGGCAGCAGCGGCGGCCGGGGCAGUCGCCGGAUCUCAGGGGGCGAUGCCGGAGAGGGCUGGAAGGGGAGGGAUACUCUGCCAAGGUCUCGAGCCGCAAUAGGGGAAUAA